AUGGCUGAGCUACUGGUGUCGUUGUUGCUGCAGCGGCCAGCCUCGUCGGUCUGGGACAAGGUCGUCAAGCUGCUGGAGCGAGCGUUCACGGGUCCUGGAGUGAUCGGGAAAGAUACCGUGGGCCUUAACCGGGAGGAGGAGACGAAGAUCUUCGUGGACCUGAUAAACCCGGUAGUGGAGUGCAUGGGGCUGUUGGUGUUGGGCUGCCCGAGCCGCGAAGAGCAAUUUGAGACCCUUCUGCGACAGGACUUCCUAUCCUACUGCCGGAACCCCACAAAGCUGUUCAUCUUUUUCUUUAUCAAGAUGAUCAUGACUGAGACUCAUGUCCCUCUCGAGAUCCAUGAGACCAAAGAGCAGAAUGGCCAACUGGUGCCCUGGCAGGCCUCAUCUGAUGAGCCCAGCUCUGCUUCCAGCAGACUGUUCCCUCGCCAGCUCCUCAAGGCCCACCUCAGAGAAUUCCCUUACCCGAAUGCGCACGAUUACUCGCUGCCCCAGAGCUGUAACCUGGCUGCACUCAAGGAGAGCGGCAUCCGGAACUAUCUGUGCUCGCCAGAACUGUCCCUGCGUCGCCUGUAUCUAAACGAAUUCAAGGGAUUGCCUAAGAAGGUGCCAGCCGGGAGAGUGAGUGACCUGCCUCGGCAGCAGGGAGUGGCCCAGAUGCGGGUGUCCACUCACCUCUUCCGGGCCCGGGAGGAUGAUGAUACCGAGACGCUCUCGAUGCCGCUUUUCAAUUUGUUCGAGCAGAAGGGUGGCUUCGAAGAGUUGUUCGACAUCGCGCUGAGGGCAGUGACGGGCUGGGUAAAGACCGACCCGGUGAAGUGGCGGCUGCUGCUGAGCGAGAUCAAGGUUCUGCGCAAGGUCAGCAGGACCCACUUCAUGAAGCUGCUCAAGAAGGAGGAGAGUCUGCUCUUCCUCUUCGAGAUCGCGGGAGGGCGCCCUGAGCAGGCCGAUGAAGGAAAGUGGGAGACCAGUUACAAAAAGAUGUUCGCCUGGCUCUACCACAUCUUCGAUGAGAUCUUCGUUGUCCCUACGCUCAAGCCCCGGAUCGUCUCUGAAGGACUGCUGAGUCUGGUGCUGCAGCGGCUCGCCUUCAUCAGCAAAGAGACUCCGCGAAAAGGAAUUGGCUACGGGGCCGAGAACUCAACCUCCAAAUGGAAUGUCAACGACUACCUCAAUCUCAAGACCGCUCUCAACGACGAGCUGCUAGUGUGCAUCCGCCUGGUCAGCCAGCUCCUGCGUGACCACAAGCUCUCCGAGGGGCUCGCCGAUCAGCUCAUCGAGUCUGCGCUGCUGCCCUUCUUGGAGAGCCAGCUGAGAGGAGGCUCCCUGAUGGAGAUGGAAAAGGACACCAAUUUCCUGAACGGGCUGCUGGAACUACUCGACCAAUUGGUGGCACAACCUGGCCUGCAUCGGUGUCUACGCAGGAUUGGCCCUGGCUACCGGCCCAAGCAGCUGGAGUCGGUCCAGGAGCUGCUGGCCCAGCUGGCUGACAACGCUAGCAUCUUCAUUAACUGUGUGGCCAAUUCUCUGAAGAGCGAGCGAGGUAUCCAGGAGUCAGCGCGACACAUCAUCCGCACCGCCCAGACGCUAGACUCGCUUCUGCAGGCCGAGGAGCAGGGAGUCGGCCGGGUGGACCUGGCCGCUUUGACUCCCGCAGCAAGUUACAAGCUGCUACUCGAGAAAUGCCGGUUCGGGUACUGUUCUGUGCCGAAGUUCGCCUUCGAAAGCAAUGUCAAGAAGAGCAGCAGCAACGCUAAGAUCAUGCGGCUGUCGCAAGAGCUGUCAAAUCUGGCCAACUCGCUGCCAGUGGACAUCACGAACGCCAUCUUCCUGCGGUGCCGAUAGAGCAUGAUCGACGUGAUGCGAGUACUGAUCGCAGGGUCAGAGGGCACACCCUACGCCCAUGGACUGUUCGCGUACGACCUGCACUUCGAGGAUGAGUACCCGAACGUGCCGCCCAAGAUGGUGAUCACGACCACGGGGCAGGGCAAAGUGCGCUUUAACCCCAACCUGUACAGCUGCGGGAAGGUGUGCCUGUCGCUGCUGGGCACCUGGCGGGGCCACAGCACUGAGAACUGGGAUCCGAAGGUGAGCACGCUCCUGCAGCUGCUCAUCAGCACGCAGUCGGUGAUCAUGAGCGAGUACGUCUACUUCAACGAACCCGGCUUCGAGAACGAGCAGGGCACUCCCAACGGCGAGAAGAAGAACGAGGCCUACUCCAACAUCGUCCGCUACUGCAACAUCAAGUACGCCAUGCUCGAAAUGAUCCGUGCCCCGCCCGAGGGCUUCGAGGAUGUGGUCCACCGGCACUUCUUCAUCAAGCGCAGCAUCAUCCUCAAGGAGGUGCGCGGCUGGAUCGAGCGCAGCAAGCGCGUAGAGGCGUCCUACACCAACAUCGUUAACGACCACAAUUCCAAUUGGUGCACGGAGUUCAAGAAGUCCAAGACUGCCUACACCACCAUGCUGGAGGACAUCGUAGCAGAACUCGAAACUGCACUCCACGGGCUAACGCCGCCCGACCCCUCCGCCCUGCGUCCUCGCGGACACAGGCAGACUGCUGAGUCCAAGAAAGAGAGCGCGCAGGUGGCCAGCACUCGGGACAUAGACAUGAGCUACCAGGAUCUUCACCAGAAGCAGUUUAGUAUCGAAGACGAGGGCUCGAAAGAUCGCUUCAGCAGGUACAUCGGUGUCAUGGGGCUGGACUCAGUCAAGCGGCAGUUCCAAACCUCGGUGCUGCUGAUCGGCCUUCCCCUCCUUGGCCUUUAGAUUGCCAAAAACCUGGUUCUCAGCGGGCUCAAAAAACUGACAAUAGUCGAUCCAAAGAAGAACGGAGAACAGCCGCAGCCGGUGUUCAUCGACCACGUCUCCGCAGAGGGGGUAAUAAAGUGUAAGACCAGGCACGGCCUGGAAGAUGGAGACUCCAUCAAAAUAACAGAAGUCAAAGGCAUGACUGGCAUCAACGACUCGGUCACCAAAGUCAAGAAACAGCCGCCCCUAGACCCGAACUUGCAAUUCUUCGACCUCGACAAGCCAGGCAGCAACGAGCACAUGCACUUGUUUUUCAGCGCGCUGGACCGGUUCAGGGCCAAGCAGCAAAGAGGCCCAGAGCCCUGGAAUGCCAAUGAGGUCACCGAGCUGUUAAAGCUGGCUGAUCUAUCCAGCAUCGAAGAGAACACUCAGGUGGCAGUCAUACCGGCCUUCGUGGGAGGGAUGCUGGCUCAAGAGUGCCUCAAGGCCAUCACCAAAAAGUUCAUCCCUAUCCACCAGUACUUCUACCAGUCUUUCUAAGAGCUCAUAGGGCCUGUUACGUUUGAGCAAGGACUUCUUGAAAAUGGGAAGACGAAGUCAUGGCUCGCCCAGGUGCUCGGCCCGAAAGUCGAGGAAGCUGUGAGAGCCAGCAAACUGCUAGUCGUGGGGGCUGGGGCGAUCGGAUGCGAGCUGCUCAAGAAUCUUGCCAUGCUUAAAGCCGGUUGCUAAGGCGAGAUUGUCGUUUCAGACCCUGAUCACAUCGAAAAUAGCAACCUCAACAGGCAAUUCUUGUUCAGGGAGGCCCACCUCAGGAAGCCCAAGAGCGCGACUGCUGCAGCGGCGAUCCUUCAGAUGGCGCCCUGCUUCAAGGACAAGAUCGCGCCCUACAUCGAGCGGGUGGAUGAAAACAGCGAGUCCACAUUCAGUGACAGCUUCUUGAAAGAGCGGACUGUGGUGCUGAAUGCUCUGGAUAACGUCGCGGCCAGGAGGUACGUCGACUCAAGAUGUGUAAAGACAAAGCGGCCACUUCUGGACUCCGGCACACUUGGGCCUAAAGGCCACGUCCAAGUGAUUCUACCCAACAAGACCGAGAGCUAUGGCGAGCAGGAAGACCCUGUCGAAGAGAACUAGAUUCCCCACUGCACCCUGAAGAUGUUCCCCGAAGACAUAGUGCACUGCGUCGAAUGGGCCAGGGACAAGUUUAGCAAGGCCUUUUCGUCAAGAAUCACUGCCCUCAAUAACCACAUGAAGCAAACCCAACCUUUGGAGGAUAAGCAGGUCGAGGCCUUUAUCAAGCUGAUCGAGCGGCGCCCCAAGACUUUUGAGGAUUGCAUGGUGGCUGCUCUAAUCAAGUUCUACAAGUAUUUUAGGAACGACCCCCUGCAGCUGCUGCACACCUACCCUCCCGAUCUCACGCUGAAGAAUGGUGCCCCCUUCUGGAAACUGCCCAAGAGGAGGCCCACUCCGAUUGAGAGGUUUGACCCCAGCGACCCCCUGCACGUCGAAUUCCUUAUUUCUACGGCUGUUCUGAAGGCCAAGGUGCAUUGCCUCGAGUUCCCUAAGGAUUGGCGGCAGCCUGAAGUCCAGUUUCAGCUGUGCAAGCCCUUUUCACAGCACAGCGUGCCCAAGUUCGUACCUUCUGAAGAAAAGAAAGCCAAAAUCAUUGAGGAACAAGAAAAGGAAGACUCCCAUGAAAAAGGCGACAAGUUGAAAUCUUUGCUCAAAUCCGAGUUCAAAGUCCAGGCUGAGUUCUUUGAGAAGGACGAGGACAGCAAUGGCCACAUCGACUGGAUCUACGCGAUGUCGAAUCUGCGAGGGCAGGUGUACUCUCUGCCGCAGAUGGCCAAAAUCGAUGUCAAGCUCAAGGCCGGGAGGAUCGUCCCUGCCAUGGCCACCACCACUGCCAUCGUUGCCGCCUACCAGACUCUGCAGUACUUGAUGGUCAUUCGCAACUAGAUCGACAAGCCUGAAACCAUCAAGUGCCGUAAUAUUUUCCUGAACAUCGCAGUGCCCAUGGCGCAGGUGGCCGAGCCAGGCCCUCCGCUUUCCAAGAAAUUCGCGGGUCACAAGGUGACUGUCUGGGACACCUGGGAGCUGGUCCUCCCUAAGGCGGCGACUCUUCAAAACCUCUUCUAA